CCGGGGCGCAGUGCGCGUGCGCGGCGCUCCCGGAAGCGGCGGCGGCGGGUCAGGGACCCUGCGCUGCGGUGAGAGGGGCCGGGGCGGCGGCGGCUCUGCCCGCCGGGCGGCGACGGACAUGACGAACUUCAUCUCGGUGCAGCUCAAGAAGGCCUCGGAGGUGGACCUGGCCAAGCCGCUGUGCAAGUUCAUCCAGCAGAGCUACCCGGGCGCCGAGGCACAGGCCGAGCACUGCCGCGCCGCCGAGGAGCUCAGCCGGCUCCGCAAGAGCGCGCUCGGCCGCCCGCUCGACAAGCACGAGAGCGCGUUGGAGACCCUCCUCAGAUACUAUGAUCAACUGUGUUCAAUUGAACCAAAGUUUCCAUUCUCUGAAAAUCAGGUCUGUGUAACAUUUACCUGGAAAGAUGCUUUUGAUAAAGGAUCACUUUUUGGAGGAUCUGCCAAAUUGGCUCUGGCAAGUUUGGGAUAUGAGAAGACCUGCGUUUUGUUCAACUGUGGAGCACUGGCAAGCCAGAUUGCAGCAGAACAGAAUCUGGAUAACGAUGAAGGACUAAAAGCUGCAGCUAAGCACUAUCAGUUUGCGAGUGGUGCUUUUCAACACAUUAAAGACACAGUUUUGUCAGCCUUGAAUCGAGAACCUACAGUGGACAUCUCUCCAGACACAGUUGGGACUCUCAGUCUUAUUAUGUUGGCUCAAGCCCAAGAAGUCUUUUUUUUGAAAGCAACAAGAGAUAAAAUGAAAGAUGGUAUCAUAGCUAAACUAGCAAAUCAAGCUGCAGACUACUAUGGUGAUGCUUACAAACAGUGUCAAUAUAAAGAUACUUUGCCCAAGUAUUUUUAUUUCCAGGAGGUGUUUCCUGUUCUGGCUGCAAAGCACUGCAUUAUGCAGGCCAAUGCAGAGUAUCAUCAAUCUAUUUUGGCAAAGCAGCAGAAGAAAUUUGGUGAAGAAAUUGGGAGGUUACAGCAUGCAGCAGACUUGGUGAAAACAGUGGCAUCUCGCUAUGAUGAAUAUAUAAAUGUUAAAGAUCUGGUUGACAAAAUCAACCGUGCUCUUGCAGCUGCCAAAAAAGACAAUGACUUCAUUUACCAUGACCGGGUUCCUGACCUGAAGGAUUUGGAGUCCAUUGGAAAAGCCAGUCUUGUGAAGUCUACUCCAGUUGUUGUACCCCUCAGUCAGAAAUUCACUGACCUGUUUGAGAAGAUGGUUCCAUUGCAAGUGCAGCAAUCUGUGAGUGUUUAUAACCAGAGGAAGGCAGAUCUGGUAAACAGGUCAAUAGCCCAGAUGAGAGAAGCCACAAAUCUGGCAAAUGGUGUGUUGGCUUCCCUCAAUCUUCCUGCUGCUAUCGAAGAUGUGUCUGGUGAUACUGUUCCUCAGUCUAUUUUGAACAAGUCUAAGUCUGUGAUUGAACAGGGAGGAAUUCAGACUAUUGAUCAGCUGAUCAAAGAUCUGCCCGAACUGCUGCAAAGGAACAAAGAAAUUUUAGAUGAAUCUUUGAGAUUAUUGGAUGAAGAAGAAGCUACAGACAAUGACCUGCGAACAAAAUUCAAGGAGCGCUGGCAGAGAACGCCAUCCAAUGAACUCUAUAAAUCUUUAAGGGCAGAGGGAGCCAAUUACCACAAUAUUAUGAAUAGAGCUAUGCAAGCAGAUGGGCAGGUUAAAGAGCGCUAUCAGUCUCACCGGGAUACGAUUGCACUUCUGUGUAAGCCAGAGGCAGAACUCAACGCAGCCAUUCCUUCUGCCAACCCAGCAAAAACAUUACAAGGAAAUGAGGUUGUUAAUGUCUUAAGAACUUUGCUGGCCAAUCUGGAUGAAGUUAAGAAGGAGAGAGAACAGCUCGAAAAUGAUCUGAAAUCUGUAAAUUUUGACAUGACAAGCAAAUUCCUUACUGCACUUGCACAGGAUGGUGCUAUAAAUGAGGAGGCUAUCUCUGUGACUGAGUUGGACAGAAUCUAUGGGAGUUACACACAGAAAGUGCAAGAGUCUCUCAAAAAACAAGAAGAACUUCUCAAAAACAUUCAGAAUGCACAUCAAGAUUUUUCAAAGAUGAAACAAUCAAACAACGAAUCUAAUUUAAGAGAAGAAGUUUUGAAGAACUUGGCUAUAGCAAAUGACAACUUUGUGGAACUUGUAGCCAAUUUAAAAGAAGGCACAAAGUUUUACAAUGAGCUGACAGAAAUCCUGCUGAAAUUCCAAAACAAGUGCAGUGACAUUGUCUUUGCUCGCAAGACUGAAAGAGAUGAACUGCUCAAAGAUUUGCAGCAAAGCAUUGCUAGGGAACCCAGUGCUCCCUCUAUUCCCCUGCCUACAUAUCAGACCACAUCAGCAGGAGGAAGUAAGCCAGCGGCAUCGACUCCUACUCCAGCACCAAGAACCAUGGUGGGAACUAAACCACAGCCACCAGCACGGCCACCACCACCAGUGAUUUCUGAGACAAGCAGUUCUUCUUCUGCAUCAGCACCCCCUGGAGCACCUGCAGCUCCCGCUGCAGCUCCUGUUCCUACUCCCGGAGCCAGUGCACCUGCAGCAAGCACUGCACCUUCACAGGCACAGGGACCUCCUUACCCAACUUAUCCCGGUUACCCAGGGUACUGCCAGAUGCCAAUGCCAAUGGGCUAUAAUCCAUACAUGUAUGGUCAGUAUAAUCUGCCAUAUGCACCCUCGCCUAUGUAUCAAAACCCUGGACAAGCACCAUAUCCGCCACCUCAACAACCUGGAUACCCUUUUGUUCAACAGCCUUAUUACCCUCAGCAAUAAUGUGUCUGCAAAGAAGCUCUGCUUGUUAAAAUUUGGGAGAAAUUGGCAAUAAGCAUACUAAAACUUCUAGCUUCAGUUAAUGUACCAUACUGAACUGUAUGCAGCUAUAACUCCUAUCUCUUGUUAACUGCUCCAAAAUGUCUAGAUCAGUUUUUGAUUACACUAAACUCUUUGAAAGAUCUACUGCAGUGGUUUAGACUGUAGACUAAUGCCAGAAUUAGAGCCUAAUUCAACAGUCUGAAACUGUACACUACAUGUUGGUUAGACCAAAAUAUUUGUUUGAAAAAUCCUGUAAGUAACAAAUAGGUUCAGAUGAGAAAAAUGAGGCAGUGUGUGCACUGGGUGUGAUUUAUUCUGCAGAACCAUAUAGCAUUUCCUUCUAUACUCUAUUGGUUUGUAUUUUUUUUUUUAGUUUAGUUAAAAUAUGCUAUUUUGUCUAAUAAUCAAGGCCUUGUAAAUCAUCAGUAAAAAGAAAUAAAUUACUUGAGAAUGGUUUAAA